AUGGCCCUUGUACAUAAUAAUACAAAGAAGAAGAAGAAGAAGGAGAAGAAGAAGGAGAAGAAGAAGGAGAAGAAGAAGGAGAAGAAGAAGGAGAAGAAGAAGGAGAAGAAGAAGGAGAAGAAGAAGGAGAAGAAGAAGGAGAAGAAGAAGGAGAAGAAGAAGGAGAAGAAGAAGGAGAAGAAGGGCUGA